UUCUCCGAAGAGAGAGCCUGGUCAUCUUCAGGAAGUCCAAAGAAUAGGUGCCCACCCGGUCAUCUACAAAUCCGAUUUCAUGUCGUACUAUUACUCCGCUCCUGCUUCAAAUGUGGCCGUGUUCAACCUCUUCAAGCAGGAGAUCGAACGCAUCAAACUGGCAGCUUCCGAUCAUGUCACAGUGGAGCUCCAAGUUCCAAGCAAUGGCCGAAUUUCAAGUCCAACCGGUUCAACCGGUUCCGGUGGAUCCGGUGGAUCCUCAGGACCAUAUUAUGAUUUCGUCUCUGCCAGAUUACGGGUGAAAGAUCCAUCUUCAUCCUACACCAAAGCAAUGUUAUUGACAGCGCAUUUUGAUUCAGUUGUCCCAGAAGGUGUCAGCGAAUCGGAAGAUGCUCUUGGUUCGAUGGGUGAAGGAAUGUCUGACGAUGCUGUGGGUUGCGCGGUGGUUCUGGAAACUUUCCGUGUUUUGGCUACUGCUUCUGAGCCUCCACUGGUUGAUGUCAUUUUGUUGUUGACGAAUGGAGAGGAGGUGAAUUAUCUUGGACUCGAUUCCUUUAUGGCUUCAAGUCCAUGGGCUGCUGAUGUGGGCUUCUUUGUCCAGAUGGAUCAGAGUGGUUCGCGAGGUCAUGCACUAGCAGUCUUUGGAGAUAGGGAAUCAGGUGAAAAGGCUGCUGCCUUCGCAUAUCAUGCUGGAGCCGUGCAUCCGCAUACGAGUGUGCUGCUGCGUGAUUUUCAACCUUGGGAAGACAUGAACACGGACGGUUCAAGACUCAGAGCUAGCUAUGGUGUGCCUGGCAUUGGUAUGUACAUGAUGGAAGACCGCUGUCCCUACCAUACAGUCUAUGAUGAUCUCAGCCACAUCAUUCGAGGGAAUUUGCAAGCUCAUGGAAACAACUUUGUUGGAGUCAGCCGUGCUGUGACAAGGAAUGAAGCUAUUUUGGAUAUGUGGGCGAAAAGUGAUUCGGAUCCUUCUGGGGAUGCUUACACUAUUGACUUGCUAUCGUCUUCCAUGUUGCUGCUGACUCCUGCCACCAUGGCAGUCCUCUAUAGCCUUUUAGGCAUUUCUGUCAUUGCAGUGGUUUGUGUUGUGGCAUUCAUGGAGCCACAAGGCCGAACAACAGCAUUGGUAGACUUGAGCUUGCUUGCUUGUGCUCAUGUAGCUUCCAUUGGAGCAGGCUUGGUGGUGACCUUUGUUCUCGCCUUCUGUGUGGGCGCCAAUUUUGGCUACUGGUACCGCCGGGAUGGCAUGGCAGUUUGGCUUUACAUAUUUCCCAGUCUAUGUGUGCAGCUUUCGUUUGGUCGACUUCUGCUUUUUAAACGAUUCUAUGGAGUUUCUGCUGAAUUCAUUCAGUGGCGCUCCAGCACGGCAGCGGUCAUACUUCUCUUACUGCUUACAUUGCUUCUGGCAAUGGCAGGCUUGCACAUGUCCUUGCUCUUCGGUAUGUGUGCGUUGACCCGCCUUGCAGGUUUCUUGCUUCGCAUUGGAAUCGGGUUCAUCGCGCAACGGGCCAAAAAAGAAUCCGUUGCCAACAAACCAGACGCAUGGCCGGCUUGGCUUGGGAUCACCUCAGAGCUUACAUUGGCAUCACUGGGCUCAAUCUACUUGCUCGAUGCAAUGCGUUUUGCUGUGUUGAACUUUACUACGAGUUUGGGCCAAGAGGGAGCAAUACUUCCAGGCGAUUUAACUUUGGCCCUUUACGUUGGACUUUUCGGUUCCUCUGCCAUUUUACAGAGCAGUGGUGUGCAGGUGCUGUCGACCAGAUGCAUUUUUGCUGGACACGUUCUAGUGAUAUCGCUCUUCGCCAGUUUUUGCCUGGUUGUAGCGGCAUUUGUACUUCCUGUAUAUGAUAAAUACCCAUGUGAAGUGCCCGGGGUACUGUGAUCGGGACAAUCGGUGCACAGUUGCAAUGAACGCCAAAGGCGUCAACUUUGGAGUUAUGUCUGUGAGCAAAAGGAA